AGGAGAUGGACCAGAGACUGCGGACACAGUACAGGAGAUGGACCAGAGACUGCGGACACAGUACAGGAGAUGGACCAGAGACUGCGGACACAGUACAGGAGAUGACCAGAGACUGCGGACACAGUACAGGAGAUGACCAGAGACUGCGGACACAGUACAGGAGAUGGACCAGAGACUGCGGACACAGUACAGGAGAUGGACCAGAGACUGCGGACACAGUACAGGAGAUGACCAGAGACUGCGGACACAGUACAGGAGAUGACCAGAGACUGCGGACACAGUACAGGAGAUGACCAGAGACUGCGAACACAGUACAGGAGAUGACCAGAGACUGCGGACACAGUACAGGGGAUGACCAGAGACUGCGGAUACAGUACAGGGGAUGACCAGAGACUGCGGACACAGUACAGGAGAUGACCAGAGACUGUGGACACAGUACAGGAGAUGACCAGAGACUGCGGACACAGUACAGG